CAUUAUUCGAGACACUUUCUCGGACUCCUGACACCCGCCCCUUGAUCGACUUAUUUAACCGUAUCGUCCCCACGUUGCAGACCUGAGACCCCAGAUCGCUGUUUUGCCAAUCAAGGACAACGUUGCCAUUUCGGGAGUCCCGCUACUUGCUUUCUUGCAUCGUCGUCAUCUCGCCGGCCUCGGUUCACUUUCCGCACUAUUACCACAACGAUAAAAUUCGACACAACCGUAUUCGGCCGAUAACCACCGUUGGGUGUAUAUACAAACCAGAUCUACCCGUCCUUUUCUCCACAACACACAGCCCACAACUUCACAUCACAAUAUGCAUUUCGAAACUUCGCCAAGUUCCUCGCCAUCCAAGUCCUUCCCCAUCUCCAUCUCUCCCAGGACCAUGGCGUCACCGUCUGAAUCCAUCUUCAGCAUCUACUCUUUCGAGUCCAACUCAAGCCGUGGUGCAUCCUGUGCUUUCCCCUCAUGGCCCAAGAGUGCCUCGCUUGGAUACCGCAGCCCGCCUUCUUCCUUCCUGAGCGAUGCCGAUCUCUUCGGUGAGGACUUCGAUGACGAGCUCGCAAUCCCAUUCCUCCAGGAAGCACCUGCACCGCCUCGACAGCCAACAGUGUCCCAGGCAUUCCCAGUUCUGCCACCUCUUUACUCGGAAAAGAAGUCCAAGAGCGAGCGAAGGCGCAGCAGUGGGCGCAAGCAGCGUCGUGCUUCCAAGCCUAUGACUCCCAUCUCUGAGUCACCCGAGCAAGUCGAGUGA